AUGCAGGCCUGGAUUCCAAACGCCCUAAUCGCCGUUUUGGCCCUGGGCAACCUCUUCACUCCCAGCAUCCACGCAUUACCCAGCCCACGUGUGGAAACAAAGCACGGCGUAGUCAACGGCUUCAGAGACGCAGCGGCGCCCGAGGUCGCACAGUUCUACGGCAUCCCCUAUGCCGAAGCGCCGGUCGGAGAGCGGCGAUGGCUUCCCGCUCUACCCAAAGAGUCGUUUGGAACCCUGAACGCGUCGUCGCGACGCCCGUCUUGUCCACAGGAGGAUCCUCCAACAGGCGGAGGCGCUUGGGCUGCCGAGUUCUUGAUUCGGCCCAACAGCACCAGCGAGGAUUGUCUGACGCUCAACAUCUGGGCUCCGGUUGGCCCUCGCGAGGCUCUCCCGGUCGUUGUCUGGAUCUACGGCGGAGGUUUUGGAGUGAAGGACCAGGGAAGCAACGACAUUGCCUAUCAAACCCCCACGCGAUGGGUACAAAGAAGCCAGAAGCACAUUGUUGUUGCCAUCAACUAUCGCCUUGGACUCUGGGGAUUCCCGAACGCUGCUGGCCUUGACCUCACGCAACAGAAUCUUGGACUUUUGGACCAGCGAUUGGCCAUUGAAUGGGUACGGGAGAAUAUCGCACAAUUUGGCGGCGAUCCCGAGCGAAUCAUUCUCUGGGGUCAGAGUGCCGGGGCUGCGUCAGUCUCCUAUUACCAAUACGCUUAUCAUGACAACCCUAUUGCCAUUGGCUUUAUCAAAGAUUCGGGAUCGCCUUUUAUCCCGAUAGGAAGUACUGACGCUGCGCAUGCUAAUUUUUCUUCCCUCGCAGCCGCAUUCGGAUGCCAAGAGGACGAACUGGGUUGUCUGAAGAGGGUUCCUUUCCGGACCUUGCAAAAGUUUCUGAAUCAAGCUGGUAAUCUGACAUUCAACGUUGUCGUUGACGAAAAAACAAGGUUUUCCGACUAUGCACAGCGCACUCUAGAUAGAAGGGUUGCUAAAGGCCCUUCCAUUAUUGGAACCACCAGAGAUGAAUGGAACUUUGGCGGCAUUCCUACUCCUCCCCCACCCAACGGCUCGGACGUAAUCGCCGACAGUCUGUUCGGUUGUCCCGCACACUACGAGACCAGCCUGAGAAGUGUGGCCGGCCUCAAGACCUACCGCUACAUGUACUCUAGUAACUUUAGCAACAUCAUGCCCGGGGGGCAGGGCGCCUAUCACUCCGCAGAACUCCCUCUUGUCUUUGGGACACACGACAUUGCGCGCCAAAACUCGACACUGUUUGAAUAUGAAGUCGCCGACGAGAUGCAGGACUUGUGGCUGUCCUUCAUUUUGGACCCCGAAAAUGGACCGACGACUAAAGGUUGGGGAGUUACAUCCCUAGGAGGCCUCGACACGAUUCAAACAGGCAUUGACAUUGGCUACCGUGGCUCUAUUGUACAGCCGUUUUCCUGGAAGGCCUGGAAGACGGCGUGCUUCCGCAGCAUUGCUCUCUAA